AAAUACAUAAAUCUGUUUUCCUUUCUGUAAUAGUACUGAUAAGGAGGAUAGUGUUAUCAUGACAAUAAAACCAUUUUAUCCAAACAAGACAAGCACUUCCUGAUUUGAACUUUGACAACCUGUACUGAGAAGUUCAAAGGCUGAAGAUACAGGCUUGGAUAUUCAAGAAUUCUGUAAAGGACAUUAUUCAGUUGGCUGAAUCUUGGCUCAGAGAGAAAGAUGUCGAGUCUUCUUUGGCUUUUUUGUGCCUUGGUUAUUUUCGACAGUGGUGCCACUCAAAGUGUUACUGAACAAGCUUUACAAUUCCUGGAGCGGUUCCAGAUAGUAGGAGAACCUCUGUACCAUGAAGCAGCAGUUGCACAAUGGGAAUAUAACACUAACAUCACAGACGAGAAUGCUCAAAAAAUGAAUCAAGCAGGUGCCAAGUGGUCCGAGUUUUACAAUCAAGCCAGUGAAAAUUCCACACGUUUUUCACCAGAUGACAUCACUGACCCUAUGAUCAAGCUUCAACUUACCUAUCUCGGAGAAAAGGGAUCUUCAGUUUUAUCAUCAGAAAAAUAUGCCAGACUGAAACAGAUUUUAAAUGAAAUGAGCAGAAUAUACAGCACAGAAACUGUAUGUAAACCAAAUAAUACAGAGGACUGCUUGCCAUUCGAACCAGGACUGGAUCAAAUAAUGCUCUAUAGUACAGACUAUCACGAAAGGUUGUGGGCCUGGGAAGGAUGGAGAGCAAACGCUGGGAAGAAAAUGAGGCCACUUUAUGAAGAAUACGUGCAAUUGGAAAAUGAAGCUGCAAAGCUUAAUGGCUAUAAUGACUAUGGAGAUUACUGGAGAGGAAACUAUGAAACUAUAGCCACUGGUGAUUAUUACUAUAGUCGUGAUGAUGUAAUUCGAGAUGCGAAUGAAACAUUCGAACAGAUAUUGCCACUCUACAAAGAAUUACACGCCUAUGUUAGAUCGAAGUUACAGGAUACAUAUGGCGCUAAAUAUUUCAAUUCUGAAGGUUAUCUUCCUGCUCAUUUACUAGGUGACAUGUGGGGCAGGUUUUGGACAAACCUGUACCCCCUGGUAGUUCCAUAUCCAGACAAAGAAAGCAUUGACGUCACUCCUACUAUGGUUGCUCAGGGAUGGACAGUAGAAAGGAUGUUUAAAGAAGCGGAAAUCUUUUUUAAGUCUGUUGGUCUCUUUGAAUUAAAUCCCAACUUCUGGACAAAUUCAAUGAUUGAAGAGCCUAAAGAUGGACGGAAAGUGGUUUGCCACCCCACAGCCUGGGAUCUGGGAAUGGAUGACUUCAGGAUCAAGAUGUGCACCACAGUGAACAUGGAAGACUUCCUAACAGUACACCAUGAGUUGGGGCAUAUUCAGUAUGAUAUGGCCUAUGCCCCGUUGCCUAUGUUGUUACGGGAUGGAGCGAAUGAAGGCUUUCAUGAAGCUGUGGGAGAAAUCAUGUCUCUUUCUGCAGCUACACCAAAACACUUAAAGCAUUUAAAGCUACUGCCAGACACAUUUGUGGAAGAUCAAGAGACAGAAAUCAACUUUUUACUUAGACAAGCCCUCACCAUCGUUGGUACUCUGCCGUUCACCUACAUGCUGGAGCAGUGGAGAUGGAAGGUCUUCAGAGGAGAAAUACCUAAAGACAAAUGGAUGGAGGAAUGGUGGAGAAUGAAGCAUGAGCUGGUAGGUGUAGUGGAACCUUAUCCUCAUGACGAGACAUAUUGCGAUCCAGCAGCUCUGUUCCACGUUGCCAAUGACUAUUCUUUCAUUAGAUAUUACACUAGGACAAUUUAUCAGUUCCAGUUCCAAGAUGCGCUAUGCAAAGCAGCCAAUCAUGUGGGAUCUCUGCAUUCAUGUGACAUCACUAACUCUUUAGACGCUGGCAUUAAACUACGUACCAUGCUGGAACUCGGAAAUUCCAAACCCUGGACCCAAGCACUAGAGAGCAUAACAGGAGAAAAAAAGAUGAACGCCCAACCUCUGCUUAGUUACUUUUCAACAUUAUAUGACUGGCUGAAGAAGGAAAAUGAACAAAAUGGAAGAAAAGUUGGUUGGAAGACACAAUGGUCAAUAAACACGGAAAAUUUAAUAAAAGUGAGGAUAAGUCUAAUCGCUGGCCUAGGAGAUGAUGCGUAUCCGUGGGAUGAAUCCGAAACUAACUUGUUCAAGGCAUCAGUGGCUUACGCUAUGACAAAAUAUUUUGCUGAAAUGGGAAAAGAAAAGGCGAAUCUUGUAUUUACACCAGAUAAUGUAGAGAUUUUCAAUGAAACCAAAAGAAUUUCCUUUUUAUUCCAAGUGACUAAGCCAAACACAAAUGGUUUGGAAAUAAUAGAGAAAUCUGUAGUUGAACAAGCCAUUAGAAUGUCAAAAGGAAGAAUUAACAGCAUCUUUCUUUUGAAUGAUGAGUCUUUGGAGUUCGUAGGCAUACCUCCCACUCUAACCGCUCCCGCUCAACAGUCAUUCGAAGUCUGGCUGGUGGUUUUUGGCGUUAUGGCUGGUUUAAUAGUUAUUGCUCUGAUAACCCUCAUUGUUCUUGGACAAAGAGACAAGAAAAGGAGAAGAAAAGCCAUUGAUGACCAUGAAGUGGGAGAAAUUAACCUAUGUGAUAAUGUGGAUAAUGUGAUGAUGAGCAAUAUCGACAAUGAUUCAUCAUCCAGCUCAAGUUCAGAAGGAGACACUAAUAAGGCAUAUGUGGAUGAAGAGGAGGAACCAAAUACUGCGUUUUAACAAACUCUAACAGCAUCACUUUUGUAAAUCUUACGUCAUUGCCUUCUGUGGCUUCCUGCUCUGCUGAUAAAGUUUUCUUGUUUUUAGAUACCUCAUCUCAGGAGAAUGCCGUAACAACAAUUGGUGCAUCGUGACUCUGCCGCAAAAAAGCAAUGAUGGUCAUAAAACCUCUUACAAAUCACAGUUGCUAUUCAAGACUUAUUGCAGAAAUGCCAAGUGGUUAAACUAUUUUGGAUAGUAUUAUAUCGAAAUCUUGAUUACUUAAAGAAAUGAUAUGCUUAAUCAAGCCUUGUGGCAAUUUUCCAACACUGCUGUAUAUUUUUGUGGGAUUGAAUAAAAGAUGAUUACAUGUGUGUUAGUGACCUAUCUGAUAAUUGUACGAAAUCCUAAUUAUAGAACCCUAUAGAACCCUAUAAAAUAGUCAAUCUCAGUGCACUCAUAUAUCAUUUCUAAGAAAAACAAAGAUAAUACACCACUUCACACUUAUAAUUAUGCCGCUAGUCACAGCAACAUUGAAAAAGCUCUGUAUUUCAGAAUACAUGUGGAUGUCAGGAUCCCCUUCAGGUUGGUAUAUGCUUUCUAUGCAAUUCGCUGCUGAAAUGUACAGCAAAUAGAUUAAGGAAACAAUUUGAGCAUCAUAACCACUACCGCUGGCUGUAGUGGUUAUGGUGACAGUAGUGUUCUAGUGCCCUCCCAGAGUAAUUUGUCAAACUGUUUGACAACUUACCUGGGCCAGCCACAGCCCCUGCUUCUGAAUUUGUGUUACUGAGAAGGCGGUUGGCUCCACCGAACUAAGCAGAACAUGAAGGGGCAUGCUCAUUGGCUGAGAGCAUUGGUUGAUUGCUCUCUGCCGUUGAGUUAGGUCUUGUAACUGGCCUCGCUUAGCUCAGUCAAGGUACCUAGCUUCUGCUGCAUGAGAAGGCCAGAUGCAGUGCAGGUGCCCAUGGGACCCAGGUAAAUGAAAACAAAUAACAUUUGACAAAUUACAUUGAGAGGGCACCUGGACACGGCUGGAACCAUAACCACUACAACAGGCUGUAGUGGUCAUGGUGCUUGGAGUGUUCCUUAGGGUGUAGGUUCCUGAAGAUAAUGUCUACCUCAUCAAAAGAUGUAUGCAGCUAUAGAAGGGCAUACACCUGCCCCAAUAACGACAAGAGAAAUAUGCAGUGUGAUACCCUGGUGCAUACAAAUGCAUUUUAAGUCACACCUUGCCUUUUCAUUUGGAAUAAACUGAAUUUUUUUACAAUUAUGAUACUAGUAUAUAUAAGAAGAUAUAUCUAGUGCUACUAUCUAUCCUGUAUUGAAUAAAAAAAAAUAAUAAAAAAAAUGAUUCCAAUGUGACUACUCCUAGUCUAAAAGGAAAUGUUUGUGUUAUUAGUCAUCUCACCCUGUUUAUGGAAUGACUGAUCACUGUAUAAACAUAAUGAACAAAUAUAACAAAUACAAUAAAUAAUAAAACACCAAUUCUUGUGUACACACAAGACUCUAUUCAUGCUAUAUAGCAAUUACAGGGAUGGGCAAAGUCUGGCACAAUAGAUUAAAGUACUCCAAUAGUAUUCUGCUGGCCAAACAUGCAUAGAAGUUCCUGGACUAGAGCCUAUCUUUGCAGUCUGUGUAUAGUGAGAUUGUGUGUGCCCGCGCAUGCAUAAAUACAUGUAGCCGCAAAAGCUACAGUAUGUAUACAAAAGAUAUAAAUGAAGCUGUAAUAUAAAAUGUUAUGUACCCACAUGAAUGUAUAUUUUAAUGC